AGCAGCCUGGAUUCUGUUCAUUGAGGAAACCUAACUUUUUACUGUGCUAUGGAAUAGAAGAAGCAGGAGGGUUUUCCACCAAGUGACAGUCACUGAGCAGUAAGCCACCCCUCCUCCUUUCCACACCUGCACGGUCUUCUGCCUGGCUUGAAUCUUUUCGUUUAAUUGCAUCUCAGCUGUGAGGGCGCCUGUUGCAAACCCCUGGAUUAAAAGAUUCAGUGCUGCUGAAUACAUGAACUAAAUCAUGAAGGUGGCUGUCUUUUUCCUUCUGCUCCUGCCACUUUGUUUGGCCAAGCCGUUCCAUCAAAAAGGCUUGUUUGACUUCAUGCUUGAAGAUGAAGCAGGUUCUGGGACUCCUGAACCUCCUGCAGGAUAUCCUCCAAUGCCAAUAUGUCCAUUCCGAUGUCAGUGCUACCUUCGGGUUGUGCAGUGUUCUGAUUUAGGUUUGGAAAAAGUUCCAAAGGAUCUUCCCCCAGAUACUACUCUACUGGACUUACAGAACAAUAAACUAACUGAAAUAAAGGAUGGAGAUUUCAAAAAUUUGAAGAAUCUACAUGCACUGAUCCUUGUUAAUAACAAAAUCAGCAAGAUCAGCCCUGGAGCUUUUGCUCCACUCAAGAAACUGGAGAGACUUUACCUUUCCAAAAACAACCUGAAGGAACUGCCAGAAAACAUGCCCAAAAGCUUGCAGGAGUUACGGGCGCAUGAAAAUGAAAUCAGCAAACUAAGGAAAGUUGUCUUCAGUGGACUGGUCAAUAUGAUUGUUGUUGAACUUGGCACCAACCCAUUAAAAAGCUCAGGUAUAGAAAAUGGAGCCUUUCAGGGGAUGAAGAGACUCUCCUACAUCCGUAUUUCAGAUACCAAUAUAACUAGCAUCCCUAAAGGUCUUCCCACAUCCCUGACAGAACUUCAUCUUGACGGCAACAAAAUCAACAAAGUUGAUGCAGAUAGUCUUAGCGGACUCCCCAAUUUGGCUAAGCUUGGUCUCAGUGACAAUAACAUUGUUAGUGUGGAUAAUGGCUCCUUAGCCAAUGUGCCACAUUUGAGAGAACUUCAUUUAAAUAGCAAUGAACUUUCCAAAGUACCUCCUGGACUGGGAGAACACAAGUACAUACAGGUUGUCUACCUUCACAACAACAACAUUGCUGCUGUUGGGCCCAACGAUUUCUGUCCUCCUGGAUACAACACCAAAAAGGCUUCUUACUCAGGAGUAAGCCUGUUUAGUAAUCCUGUGCAGUACUGGGAAAUCCAGCCAUCCUCUUUCCGAUGUAUCUAUGAACGAUCUGUAAUACAACUUGGAAAUUACAAAUAGAUGCACAGAUGUGUUUCCGUUAUAAAUACCUGUUGCCUGAUAAAAAUGUUGCUAACUAUUAAAGCCAAAAUACUGGAGACUUAUCUGCAGAGUGGAUAUCAUUAUGUAUGUAAAAGACCAUAUGGAUCAUUUCAAGACAAAAUUUCUGAAUUUACUUGUUUUACUUGCAUUGCCAGCAUGUGGUAUAUGCCUGUGGUAUCUCUCAAUUAGCUGAGCGCAAUAGAUUUAACUGAUCCACUGUGCAUGUAAUUUGGGGUAAAUAUUUGUCAAGCUAUUCAUAACUAGAAAUUAUAUAAAUAAUGUUCUUUACAUCAACACAAGGAAAGUACUUGGAGUGAAAGUAGAUGAAACUUUCAAUAUAAUUCUUGGCCAUAAGAAUAUAAUUGAAUAAAACUUUCAGUGAAAAGGAUCAGUUGAAACCUUAAUCAAAAUCCAUCAGUCUAAAUACUUCUACAUGUUUAAAGCCUAAGUGUAGGUAUUAAUGUACCUUACAUAUAGCAUAAGCAAUAGAAAAAAUGUUGCUUUUGGUAGUGUUUUGGUCAACAAACCCUCUUAAUAUAUAAACAUUUUCUUUUCCAAAUACGUCUUCCCAGAUUAUUCUAUCAUGGAUUAGGAAAACAUUGAUGCACACAAUAUACAUCACUAUUGUAUUCCUGGAUGCUACCAUUUCUGGAAUUCAAUGUCUAAUUUCUAGAGGAGAAAUUCACCUCUCCUUGUUCAGAUGAUCACCUUUGUUGGUCAUAUUUCAGCAGGCAAUAUUCCCAAAUUAUUCCCAUUCAUUUUAGUAUCUGUAAGAAAACACUUAAUGGAUUGUGACCUAGGAAGGAACAGGCAUCUGUAAAUGAACAGGAGUUAGCACUGCUCUUAAUACAACAAACGUACUACAUUAAUUCAAUAUUUUUAAAAACUGCAAUGCAUAUUCGUCUACACUUUCAAGUACAUUUGGGUUUUAACAAUGUUGUCAAAUACAGUGUAGAGGGAUAUGAAGGUUUACUGUUUAGGAUAUCUAGAAUUACAUUUGGGAGCAAGGGAACAUCAGCUGACCACAACUAGAAAAACAUGUUUAGAAAUUGUCUUUUUAAAAAGUCAUCCAAAUGCAUUUUAUAUACAUCUCUAUAACUGGCUUUAAUUAGUAGUAAGCAUAUCAAAAGAUGACUGUACAUUUCUGGGAUCACUAUCUUCAAAUUUAACUGUGUAUCUUUUCAGAUGCAAAAUUAAGUACAAGUUUGGAAGCCUCUUAAUUGUCCAAAGUACAAUAUGCUCAAUGUAUGUAUGUUUUUAUAUUAAACAGUACUGGCAAACUCCA